GCAAACUGACCGCCAGGCGAUCUCAUUGCCCACUGGGGACCUGCUGGGCUGUUUACUGUGUAUCGGUUUAUAAUAUUUCAGUUUCGCUUUUUAUUUUACAUUCUCUGUAAAUAAUUCACACUGGACUCUCUCCCCUUCCGUUUCAAAGGGUCCAGCGGUGCCAAUUCGGCGCCCACCCAAACGAUGCAGCACCAUCACCGUUCUACCACCAAAACUUCCCACAAGCCAUUCAAGACCAAGCAUGCGUCUAAGGGUGCGCUGAAGGAGAAGGCGAAGGGCAAAGUUGAACGAGGCGAGCGGGGCACGCGCAAGACCCCUCAUCAACAACUUAUGUCGAAGCUUGAUCGGAGGAACCAAGCCCGCCAGAAGCAGCAGGUGAAGCACCAGGAGAAGGCCCAAGCAACCAGCAUCUUCUCUGGUCAGAAUGGUGCUCCCCGUCAUGUGGCUGUUGUGCCGCUGUCGGCCGACAUCGAUAUUGCCGCUAUCAUACGGUCCCUGAACGAGAGCGUGGACGUUUCUUGCGAGGUCUCCCAUGACACCAUCUCCCGCGUGCGCAUAGACCGUUUCCGACAGAGUGUUCAGUAUAUUCCCGCGAAGUAUGAUUUGAUGAAUGCGUUGGAUGUGUGUCGUAUGGCGGACUUUGUGGUCGUGGCUCUUUCGUCGGAGGUUGAGGUUCAGGAACAAGGCGAACUUAUCCUGCGCUCGAUCGAGGGCCAGGGUAUUUCCAAUGUCCUUGCGGUUGCUCAGGGACUUGAUAAGAUCAACCCACCCAAGAAACGCCCACAGGUCGCCUCUUCGCUGAAGUCAUUCAUCAACCAUUUCUUCCCAUCAGUGGAGAAGGUUCUCUCUGUAGAUUCCAGACAAGAAUGCUCCAAUGCCAUCCGUUCUCUCUGUACCGCUACGCCGAAGGGUAUCCGCUGGCGUGAUGAGCGUAGCUGGAUGCUCAUCGAAAACGUCGCCUGGCCCGAGACCAACUCAGAAGUUGUGGAUGAUGUUGUCGUGACUGGUGUUGUACGUGGAAGGGGAUUGAAAGCGGACCGUUUAGUCCACAUCCCCGGCUGGGGUGAUUUCCAGAUCGACUCAAUUACAGCAGCCCCAUUGCCGCAAGCACGAGGCAAACGCGACGAUGCUAUGAAUGUUGACGAGAACGAAUCUUCCCAAGUCUUGGAUACCCCAACUGCAGACAUUGAUGAUCUGGCUGUUGUGGCACCGGAAGAGAUCGAAAUGGAGGAUGAUGACGUGGAAAUCCCCGAGGAGGAACGGAGGGGUGUCCUACUUGAUGAGCACCAUUACUUCUCAGACGACGAUUCUCACAUCCCUGCCAAACCCAAGAAACUACCAAAGGGUACAUCAGAGUACCAAUCUGCAUGGUUCUUGGACGAUAUGUCCGAUUCUGGAUCAGACCUCAGCGAUGGAGAGGAUGAGGAGAUGGCUAUGGACACAGCUGGAGCACCAGAAGACGGUGUCUUCCCAGACAAUCACGACGCGAUGACGGAAGCCGGAGCUACCGAGUACCCCCAGUCAGAGAUGUUUGUUGACCCAUCACCCGAAGACGAGGAAAGAGACUUGGAGGAAUAUCGGGCCAGCCGCAGAAAGGAAGCCAAGGAGGAUCUAGAAUUCCCCGACGAAAUCGAACUUCACCCUAAUGUCCUCGCGAGAGAACGUUUGGCACGUUUCAGAGGUCUGAAGAACUUCAAGACCAGUCCCUGGGAGACAAGGGAAGACCGACCCCAUGAACCAGAAGACUGGCGUCGACUGCUUAAGAUCAUUGAUUACAAGGGCUCUAAGAACAGGACACUCAGGGAGGCCCUUGUCGGUGGUGUUAACCCUGGUAUCCGCGUGGAUGUCCACCUUCGUGCUGUGUCAACAUCUCUUCGCAACAAGCCACAGCCGCUGUGCCUCUUUUCUCUCCUCCGUCACGAACACAAGAACACCGUUGUUAACGUGAACAUGACUUUGACCUCUAACAUCGAAGAGCCACUGAAGUCCAAGGAAGAGCUCAUUGUUCAAUGCGGACCCCGCCGCCUGGUCGUCAACCCUAUCUUCUCCUCGAACGAUAACACCCCGAACAACGUACACAAAUUCGACCGGUUCCUCCACCCUGGCCGCAGUGCCAUUGCGACAUGGAUUGGACCCCUUACCUGGGGCGCCGUCCCUGUUCUUGUUUUUAAGAACAAGUCCGUUCAAGACCCAGAGGUCAUGGACGGAGACGACCAACCAGAUGUCGAACAAUUGGAACUCAUCGCAACUGGCACAGUCGUGGCACCCGAUACGUCCCGCGUUGUCGCCAAGCGCGCAAUUCUCACCGGUCACCCAUACAAGAUCCACAAGAGGGUGGUCACGGUACGCUACAUGUUCUUCAACCCGGAGGAUAUCAACUGGUUCAAGGCUCUCCAGCUGUGGACCAGGAGAGGCCGCAGCGGUUUCAUCAAGGAGAGUCUGGGUACCCACGGUUACUUCAAGGCCACCUUCGAUGCCAAGAUCAACCCUCAAGAUUCGAUCGGUAUCAGCUUGUAUAAGCGGGUCUUCCCUCGGAAAGCUCGCACUAUGGAAGAGGUUACUGCAUAAGGGUUUCUUGUAUUUUUGCCGCUGGGAUUUAGGAAUUGAUAUGGGCGGUUUCAAAGGGAAAGAUGAUAUGAUACCACAAAGUCGGUUGCAUGAAUUGACGAUUCUCACCUCUUGAAAGAUAGGGGUGUUUCAAAAGCAUUAGGAUUUCUUAUAGAUUUCAAUAACUAGAUCAGGUCAAGCUUUAAUGAGUUACGAUCGUUCUUU